UGGAUGGAUGAAUUUUCUAUAUAACCAAGCAUAACUAACCAGGAAGAUAUCAGAACAUAUAUAGCAGGGGACAAACAGACAUCAUUUUCUUUGGAACAAAGUUUGUAUUAAGGAUAAAACCAAUGGAAUCCUUUGCAAAGUUUUUAAAUGCUGCCAUAGUCCUACCACUCACAGCAGGCGAAGCAUCCGAAAAUCAUCACUCAUGGGAUAAUAUUCGACCUCAUGAUGGCAGUAUUAGCGGACUUGUACUUCUUUCAAGCGUUUUACUGAUAUCUGUUCUCUAUAUGUUCGGAGUUCAGUUGGUUAAUAAAGACAAGGACGAGACAAUGACGAAUCACCUAAUUUAUUCAUAUCUUUGUGUCGUAAUUUUCUUAGCUAUAUUCGUCUGUGUUGUACACUUGAUAAUCGAGUAUCGAUCGAGACAGGCUAGUGUUUUAUCAACAUCUUUCAAUGAAAAAUACAACUCAAAAGUGAAAUUUAUAUUUCUGUGGAUUUUUACAUUUGGAAGCAUUCUGUUUUCCCUUGCCAAAAUUAUUUGCACAAUUUGCUGUCACGAGGACUUAUUCGAGGAGGGCAAGACAAUAGGCUGUAUAGACACAAAUGCCACAUAUGACAGAAGCCAUGAUGUAGCGACCGUCAGGUUUCACUGCUUUCAAAUAAUAUUUUAUAUUGUUCAGUCUUGGUUUUUACAAGUUUGCAUUCGUUCCUUUUUUAAAUGCUCGUGGACGAUUUACUAUAGUUUGUUGUUGAUCGUACUGGCGAAUAUUUCACAAUGGGCUCAUUAUUUCGCUGAAAUAUACAAAGACACAAACCCUGAAAGCAAUGGUAUGCAUUGUCUAAUGAAAAACAAGUGCCAUCCAAAAAUAUUUUUAGACUCAAUCAAGCCGUAUGCAACGCCAGCAGAGAUGGAAUACUUUCUACUCUCAAUGAUAUUAAUUGCUGAACUUUGGCCAUCAAAUGAUAAUGAACCACCAUCUAGCAGGCUUGCACCGCAUCUGGCAAAUGUAAAUACUCCAUUACUCACCUCUUUAUUACCAGUUACGGAUUCAGAGGAAGUCUCACAAGAAGCCUCACAAGAAAGCAAAGCUAAAUACGAUUCCUGCCCUGUUAUGCUUAUUGUUUUCGGAGUUGUGAUAGUUUUACCGAGUUAUAUUUUAGCUUAUUGUAGGCAUGAAUCCGAAUACACGGAAAAUGCUGACAUAGCUUACGAUACCUUUUUAUCAUCAUUAGCGAUAAUUUUAUUAAUUGUUAGUUUUCAUAUGUUUACUAAAAGGUCUUAUUUAAGGGAAGUUAUGGGAAAACAACAUCUCCAUUUUCAUCACAAGAUUAUUAUUGUAAGUUUUGUAGGUUCGAUAGGAUAUCAAUCACUAAUAGUGUUUUCUUGCAAACAAGAUGGUAAAUACUUUUUCAUGGUCCAAAAGUUUUUUUUAAUACUAGAAUUGUAUUUACAAAUUGUUUGUAUACUUCAAUUCAAUAGUUUUACGAAGUAUCGCCUGAAUCCAAGAAAUUAUGUUUACCUCUUACUAUCUGUAGUUAAUCUAUGUUGUUGGAUUGGUGAUAGUAUUUUUGAAGCUACUACUGCCUACGAUAAGGAAACAUUGCAAAACUUAUAUACUGCUUCUACAGAAAAACUAAUAUCUCAUUGUUUGUUCCCUUUCCUUGUCUUUUUUCGGUUUAAAUCUUUUAUUUUUUUCUAUGGUAUUUUUCGUCAAAUCCCAAACGAGUACAGAUAUGAGAAAAACUUAAUAAUAUAGUUCUGAUAAAUGUCUAACUGUUUUCUCUCCUAACAUAUUUGUAAACAUGAAUAUAUAAAUUGAACACUUCAUUCAA